AGUGAGGACAAAUUGCCAAUGGCUGCAAAUACCAUACUAGUACUAGUUUGAUCUAAGAUUUUUCUUUCUGAAUUGGCUUGAUUGGAAAGAACGAGAAGGAGAGAGAAUUAGGGAUGAAUUACUGGAUUCAAGCUUCUUCUGCUGAUUUUGGGGGCACUCUUCCUUCUGCUCGCAGCGGACACAGUGCUGUUAAUAUCGGAAAAUCCAAAAUCGUCAUCUUCGGAGGCCUUGUUGAUAAACGAUUCCUCAAUGACAUCUUCGUCUAUGAUGCUGAAAAUAAGCUAUGGUUUCAGCCUGAGUGCACUGGUAGCGGAUCUGAUGGCCAGGUUGGUCCAAAUCCCAGAGCAUUUCAUGUUGCUGUUGCUAUAGACUGCCAUAUGUUUAUAUUUGGUGGGCGUUCUGGUGCCAAAAGGCUUGGUGACUUUUGGGUAUUAGACACAGAUAUAUGGCAAUGGUCUGAAUUGACAGGUUUUGGGGACUUGCCUCCAGCUCGAGAUUUUGCUGCCGGUGCUCCUAUAGGAAAUCAAAAGAUUGUCAUGUGUGGUGGCUGGGAUGGUAAGAAGUGGUUGUCAGACGUGUAUGUUUUGGACACAAUAUCGCUAGAGUGGACAGAACUCGCAAUUUCAGGGACGGUGCCUCCUGCUAGAUGUGGUCAUACAGCUACUAUGGUUGAGAAGCGGUUGUUAGUUUAUGGUGGAAGAGGAAGUAGUGGAAUUGUGGGGGAUUUUUGGGCAUUAAAAGGGCUCAUUGAGGAAGAAAAUGAAACACCUGGUUGGACUCAAUUGAAGCUUCCUGGUCAGGCUCCUUCCUCUCGAUGUGGCCAUUCAGUUACAUCUAAAGGGCACUAUCUAUUACUAUUUGGAGGACAUGGGACAGGUGGUUGGCUUAGUCGCUAUGACAUUUACUACAAUGAUUGUAUUGUUCUAGACAGAGUGUCAGUGCAGUGGAAACGGUUACCUAUAAGCAAUGAGUGCCCACAAGCAAGAGCAUAUCAUACCUUAACCUUAAUUGGUUCACGCUAUUUGUUAUUUGGUGGCUUUGAUGGGAAAUCUACUUUUGGUGACUUUUGGUGGUUGGUUCCUGAAGAUGAUCCCAUUUCAAAGCGAUUGAAUCCAUCUUUGCCAAAACAUCUUCAUCGGGACAAAGGAGAAGCCACAUCAGAUUUGACAUUGCAGUCAGUUGUGAAGGAAAGCCAGCAAGAGUCUGCAAUCUCUGAACUACAAAGAAGAUUUAAAGCUUUUCCCUCAUCUUUGAGACCUGAGGUUCAGAUUUUGGAUGAGGCAAAGGACAAGGAACUUCAUGAUCUAGCUUUAAAGUUCAUGGAAGAAAGAGGAGCUAAUGAUUCUAAUCCUGAUGAAAAUUCACUCCCACAGGCAAUUCAAAUGCUUCGUGCUCAUUGGAGGAAUGUUGACCCUAACCUUAUUGAGCUAAUACAGCUUGGGCCCCUGCUUCGUGACUAUCAACGGUUGAUUAAGCAUUAUUAUUUGGACAGUUUUAGCUCUGAAUUUACUUCUGCAUCGCUGGGAUUGUUCUCUUCCAGAAGUUCUGCUUUUCGAUUCUAUCAUCUCAAAGAGGCUUCUGAGUUGCGUAUGGAUGAUAUUUCGACAUUGCUGGUGGAGUAUAGAGAGCUUCUGGGUAAAUGAUAUUGGUUUCGGGCUACUGUGAAAUAGAAAUGAAGAGACAUAUUCAGAGCAAAUCUCACUAUAUAGGGCCAAAAGUCAUGGUUUGUCAUCCAUUGAAGAUAUUAAUAUGCUGCCUGCUGAAGGCAACAGUUGAUCUGGAGAUAAACCAAUAAUUCAUGUGGUUCUGAUUUUUAUAAAUGUCAUGUAAUCUUGUGCUUUUGUGCCUUUUCAAAAUUGUGUUAAAAAUCUACAUCAAAAAUGUUGUGUUAAAACAUACUUGGCACAUUGUUUGGACAUUAGACUUUUUUU